AGCGUUCUUGCAGGGCUGCUGAUGGGUGGUCCUGUUCUUUUCGCGGUCCUGUUUGCGCAGAGAUGGAACGAGGAACUUAGCGUGUACCACUCUUUUUGACGACAGGAGUAAAAGGCUGUUCAGACUACCUAAACAAUGUCGUUAAGGGAAGCACUCGUACUUCCCAGACUUCGUCGUGCCGGACCCCGCGAGCCCGGGGCAGGCACCAGGUCCACCCGGGGCUGAGCUGCCGCGGCGCCUGACAAUGCCCCCUCGCGCCCCGGCCUCGGCGCCCGCUCCCGGCUCCAGCGCGCCUGCACGUACGUAGCCUUCACGUGUGUGUGGAUACGGAGUGCAUGUGUGGAGACAGAGGAAUAUGCUCCAACAAAUUUCGGAUCGAAGCGCCGAGGACAGGACGUGGGGAAGCUAAAGAAGUAAACAGGUCAUGGCACGUUUAACAAAAAGACGACAGGCGGAUACAAAAGCUAUCCAGCAUCUUUGGGCAGCCAUUGAGAUUAUACGGAACCAGAAGCAAAUUGCCAACAUUGACCGUAUUACAAAGUAUAUGUCUCGAGUCCACGGUAUGCAUCCUAAAGAGACCACCCGUCAGCUGAGCUUAGCUGUGAAAGAUGGUCUUAUUGUCGAAACUCUAACAGUGGGCUGCAAAGGUUCAAAAGCUGGUAUUGAACAAGAAGGAUAUUGGUUGCCAGGAGAUGAGAUUGACUGGGAAACAGAAAAUCAUGACUGGUAUUGUUUUGAAUGCCAUUUGCCUGGAGAGGUGUUGAUAUGUGACCUGUGUUUUCGUGUGUAUCAUUCCAAGUGUUUGUCUGAUGAGUUCAGGCUUAGAGACAGCAGUAGUCCUUGGCAGUGCCCAGUUUGCAGGAGCAUUAAGAAGAAGAAUACAAACAAACAGGAGAUGGGCACAUACCUGAGAUUCAUUGUCUCCCGCAUGAAGGAGAGGGCUAUAGAUCUUAAUAAAAAGGGGAAGGACAGUAAACACCCGAUGUACAGGAGGCUGGUGCACUCAGCUGUGGACGUUCCCACCAUUCAAGAGAAAGUGAAUGAAGGGAAAUACCGAAGUUAUGAAGAGUUCAAAGCUGAUGCUCAACUGCUUCUCCACAACACCGUGAUUUUCUAUGGAGCAGACAGCGAACAAGCUGACAUUGCGAGGAUGCUGUAUAAAGACACGUGUCAUGAGCUGGAUGAACUGCAGCUUUGCAAGAAUUGCUUUUACUUGUCAAAUGCUCGUCCUGACAACUGGUUCUGUUAUCCUUGUAUACCUAAUCAUGAGCUGGUUUGGGCUAAAAUGAAAGGUUUUGGGUUUUGGCCAGCCAAAGUCAUGCAGAAAGAGGACAAUCAAGUUGACGUUCGCUUCUUUGGCCACCACCACCAGAGGGCCUGGAUUCCUUCUGAAAACAUUCAAGAUAUCACAGUCAACAUUCAUCGGCUGCACGUGAAGCGAAGUAUGGGUUGGAAAAAGGCCUGUGAUGAGCUGGAGCUGCAUCAGCGUUUCCUACGAGAAGGGAGAUUUUGGAAAUCUAAGAAUGAGGACCGAGGUGAGGAAGAGGCAGAAUCCAGUAUCUCCUCCACCAGUAAUGAGCAGCUAAAGGUCACUCAAGAACCAAGAGCAAAGAAAGGACGACGUAAUCAAAGUGUGGAGCCCAAAAAGGAAGAACCAGAGCCUGAAACAGAAGCAGUAAGUUCUAGCCAGGAAAUACCCACGAUGCCUCAGCCAAUCGAAAAAGUCUCCGUGUCAACUCAGACCAAGAAGUUAAGUGCCUCUUCACCAAGAAUGCUGCAUCGGAGCACCCAGACCACCAGUGAUGGCGUGUGUCAGAGCAUGUGCCAUGACAAAUACACGAAGAUCUUCAAUGACUUCAAAGACCGGAUGAAGUCGGACCACAAGCGGGAGACAGAGCGUGUUGUCCGAGAAGCUCUGGAGAAGCUGCGUUCUGAAAUGGAAGAAGAAAAGAGACAAGCUGUAAAUAAAGCUGUGGCCAACAUGCAGGGUGAGAUGGACAGAAAAUGUAAGCAAGUAAAGGAAAAGUGUAAGGAGGAAUUCGUAGAAGAAAUCAAGAAGCUGGCAACACAGCACAAGCAACUGAUUUCUCAGACCAAGAAGAAGCAGUGGGUAAAUACCAGUCUUUUUUAGACUGUUAUUUCUGAAAACGUACCACAGGUAUGAUGCCAUUUGAUUCAGAAGGUAGCUGUGGCACAUGCAGAAGAUGUUUCUGAAAUAAGAUCAAAUGUGAAAUGGUCAGCUUUAGUUUUUAAAAUUUUAUUAACAGUCCUAUGAUCUCUCAA